AUCGAAUGCAACAGUUCCAGUAGAGAGCUUCCAAGAAUUAUACGUUAAUCGGGUUCUAGUAGUUAGUACAGAUUUUAGAUUAAUUAAAACUGCGUCAUGUGGUGGAAAACUCUACCGUGUUGCUGCUGUCUUUUAAUAUUGUUAAUAUCAAACUGUGAUGAAGUGUUGGCAUUUAAAAUUCCCGAUGUUGAAUUUGAAAUAUUCAGAGACUCAGGAUUUGAAGUCUCCAUACCAGAUGAGCCUGGCCUACAACGAGUUUUCUAUAUGUUUCAAAUAGAUGACUUAUGUCCGGCUCUUAUGGACUAUAUUACGAAGGCCGUCAAUGGCAGUUGGGUAUCCAAACAAAAAGCCUGCGUCCAGAACAACGAUAAGCUUCACAUUUCAUUACUGGUUCAGUACAAUGAUCAGAUAUAUGAAAAAACAGAGACAAGGGUUAUCAUUAAUACACGUCUACUGACCACCAAGACCUCCCAAUCCAGAAGCAUAGCAUUUCCCUCUGGCGAGGGUGAGUGUGAGGCGUUCCUGAGCCCCCGAAAGGCAUCCCAGAAGUGCUUGCCAUCCCAAACCAUUGUAAAAAGUGGUCGUAAGGUCUGCCAGGGUGAACUGAUAUUUGAGGACAACUUUUCGGGAAUGCAUCUUAAUAGAAGCACCUGGAAGCAUGAUAUUCGGCAGCGUUUGUAUCAUGUCGAGGAGGAGCUGGUAGCCUUCGACGAUGCGCCCCGUAACUGUUUCCUAAAGGAGGGAGACCUCAACAUUGUUCCCAUUAUGGCCAGUGACGUUACCCAGGGCACGUUUAAUCUCGGAGAUCGCUGCACAGCCGUAGAGAGUCGGGAUCAGGAGUGCAGCAUAGCUCAAGGCAGUUAUUAUAGCAUUAAGCCUCCCGUUUUCUCAGCCCAAAUACACACCCGGAAUUCCUUUAGUUUUAAAUACGGAAAAAUUGAAGUUCGUGCAAAAUUACCCAAAGGAGAUUGGCUCUUUCCCUAUAUCAUGUUGCAACCGGUGUCAACAUUUGCGGAAACCCACUAUGCCAAACAAUUGAGAAUCGCCUUCGCCAGAGGCAAUGCUAAUCUAAGGAGCAAACAGAAUGAGGACAUCUCCGGCAAUCAUCUUUACGGUGGCAUGUUGAUCUGGCACCAUGGAAGAGCAGUUCAGUACCUUAGGGAUCGGAUUAGCACGACCCAUUAUGGCGAUGAUUACCAUAAUUAUUCCAUGAUAUGGCAACGUGAAAAGAUAACCCUGAUGGUAGACGAUGAGAUCUACGGUGAAAUUACUGAUGGAUUGGCUCUUUUCAACGAGAAGUGCUUUAUAAUACUGGGUGUUACGGUAGGAGGAUUUAUUAAUUUUGAUGAUGCAGUGUUGGAGAAAGAUGUGAAGCCGUAUAGAAAUACAGAACCCCGCGCCGCACUAUCUUUUUGGCAAAACAGGGACUUGUGGUCCUCUACUUGGGGCAAACAUAGUUCCAUGCUUAUAGAUUACGUGAGAGUAUAUGCCGAUUAAAACUUGAUCACAUUUUUCAGGAUAACAGUUUCUCUUAAAAAUAAAUACAUUUUUUAAAAGAAAAA